ACGCGCGCGCGCGCGCGCCACGCACACGCACACGCACGCACGCACUACCGCCAUUGUGUCGGCCGCGUAGUCUUGUACGCGAUCCAGUCGACCGUGUUGCGCAACGUCGGUCCGAUCUACUCGACGAACCGUCGAACGCGUUUCACGACGUGCUGCACAGACCCGUAGCGGCUGCCGUCGAUUCCCGUCCGCGACCACCGGUGCUCGUCGUCCAGGCCACCCUCGCCAGCAAUAUGAUGGGAUUAAAAAGCAUUAUUUUAUGUGCUUUGGCAUUUAGCUGUAUUCAAGCUGAUAAUUUUAUGUCUAAUGAUGCUUUAUUAGGAGAUUUAAAUGAUAUGUCAAAAGAUAUAACAAUAGAAUGCAAUAAUAAGGAAAUAAGUGUGACUAUUGAUACUAAAUCAAAAUCUUUCACUGGAAUAAUUUAUCCAAAAGAUUUAUCAAAAAAUUCAAGCUGCAUGGCCGAGUUUAAUUAUGAAAGGAAUCCAAUAGUUUAUAAACUUCCAUUAAGGUCUUGUAACACAAUGAGUACAUAUUUAAAUGACGGUAUGGUAGAAUACUUCAAUACAAUAGUUCUACAACCGCAUAGGAAAUUGGUAACGAACCAGGGUAAAGGUUUUCACAUUCGUUGCAAGUAUCAAACAAAUGAUCAGUUGUUAACUAAUGUGUUGAAUAUGAGCACAACUGAUGAAGCAGCAAUGAUUGAAACUUCCAAGAUGCCAACAUGUACAAUGAAAAUAUUCUCUGGGAAAACUGUAAAACAAGAUGUAGCUGAAAAUGUGAAAAUCGGAGAUCCUUUGACAAUGGUCAUAUCUAUAAACAGUGAAGACGUUUUUGGUUUGUUUAUUACAGAUUGUUUAGUUCGUGAUGGUUUGGGCUGGGGUGAUCAACGACUUAUUGAUAAAUCUGGAUGUUCCAUUGAAGAUGAUAUAAUGGGACAAUUUGAAUACAGUGCUAAUAAGACAACAGCAGUUGUUAAUUUUCAAGCUCAUAAGUUUCCCUACACUACAUCUGUUUAUUAUCAAUGCCAUGUUCAUUUAUGUUUGAAAGCUAAUAAUGGUUGUGCAAAUACGCCACCAAAUUGUAGUAGUAAAAAACGUUUUCGUCGUGAAGACCAAACAUUAGAAGAUGAGAGUCCUGCAACAAUAGAAGUAUACAGCGGUUUAUAUGUUAACGAAGGUGCAGAUUCAGGCAAUCCCGAACAAAUGGAUCAAGUAUCAAGAGAGAAGGUUAUGGAUGACCCGUAUAAUAUUUGCAUUUCACAACGAAAUUUCGCCAUCAGUAUUGCUAUAGCUGGACUUAUAUUGAUGCUGUUAACUGUGAUAACAGCUCUAAUAUUAUUAAUGAGAAGACACAAAAAAUCGGUUUCUUCUAGUGGAAGUUCCGUUUACAGUGGCCCAUACACAAAUACAGCUUAUAGUCAUACUAGUUAAAUAUUUUUCACUAAGAUUCUAUGGUGCUUUUUAUUUUAAAUGUAACAAAUUUUAUUAUAAUUAAUUUUUU